AGAAGAAGCAUUUACACGGUAAAUUGUCAAACACAGUCGGCAGUCCAUUGAUUUAUUUCGAGCGUAUUAAUAAAAAAAUAUUAAAUAAAUAAGGAAAUAUUAAGAAAUAAAACGAAGAAAAUACCAACAUAAAAAGGAAGCCGCAUAAAAUAUCGUUGAAUAAAUUUAAUUUUACGUAUAAUGCCAAAUAGUCUGGAGAGUCACCACUCAUUGUCGUAAAAUACAAUUCCAAGUACAACAGUAACAACAACGAUAGAACAAAACGUACCUUCGAACUCUGUGUGCUAAUAUUAAAAAUUUUUUGUGUGUUUAAACAGCAACAUUUCACUUGAAAACCUGUCUUGAGCCUAAGAUACAACUCUUGAGGUUUUCAAUAAGAUCUUUAAACUUCUUUAAAGGAAAAAUAAAAUAUACUUUUGAAUCGGAUACAUUACCAUUGCAACAUUCCAAAGGCAACAUAUAAUACUCUUGAGGUUAGCGAGAGUAACAGCUGUCACAAAAAUAAAAUCCGUCGUAAAAGUAGAACAAACAUCUGUUUAAAAUCCCACAGUGGCAAUCGUUACCAAAGUGAACUACCACCACCUACAUUCCCACAGGAUUACAUUCGUAACAACAACAACACCCACACCAAUUCACCACCACCAAUAAGCAGUCCAUUUAAAAAUAUUUUCAAUAUUUUUCUAAAAUAGUUUAAUAGACGUCAUUAUAAUUGACGCCACCCGUAAACACCUCAAACCUGCAAAAAUGUUGUCCCGUAUGAGUGAUUUUUUAACACGUCAUCGCCGGAAAUUUAUUGUAACCGGUGUUGUGGUUGGUGGUUCGAUUUUCCUCUACAAAUAUGCCCAAAACAAAUUGAUGGAAAUGCAGGAAAAACAAGCCCGAGAAUUUUUGGAAAAAAGUCGUCGUGUGCAACAUUUUGAGUCGACCGAAAAGACCUGCAAUCAAGUCAUAUUGGGUAUGGGUGCUGAGCUGAUACAGGCCAUCAUCAAAGAAUGUUCCACAGAUGAGCUACUGGAACAGUUGAAACAAAAUCCACCCAAUAAACUGGAGCUGUGGGAAGAAAUGAAAAUCCAAUCGUUUACACGUCUAACAACCUUUAUUUAUGCCUCUUCAAUGUUGGUGGUGGCCUUGAGGAUUCAGCUAAAUUUACUGGGUGGCUAUCUUUAUCAGGAUACAACAACAUCGAGCACAGACAACAAGAAUAACAAAAAGUCGCCAGGAAAAAUAAAUGAUGAACUCAAACAACAAUAUCUCUCCCUCAUACGAUAUUUUAUACAAGAAGGUGGCCUUUCAGAUCUGAUACGUUUGGUGCGUUCCAAAGUCAUUGAUGUUAUGCGGCAAUUGCCAUUGACUAAGCCCCUUAGUUUGGCCGACACCGAACAAUUGUUUUGGUCCCUGCAAAUGGCCAUUAACAGUGACCCCAGUACAGACCCUUGUUCGAAAAUGACAAAAUAUCUCUUACCUUCCCAGUUACCGGACUACAUUAGUGGCGGGGCCAUGAUGCAGAAAAUGUUCAACGAAACUCUGGACCUUUUGGAAAGUGAUGAGGCCAGCAGUGUGUGUUCGAAUAAUAUUUGUAGAGGUUUCUCUCUAGCCGUUGAUGCCAUGGCAGAAUGUUACAAGCACACUCUCAGUUCAAAGGCCACGACCAGCCAACAACAAAACGAUUUCAAUGUCAACACCAUACAAAUUGCCCUGGCCCGGGUUAUACCCAUUGUCAGCAGUUUGACGGCAAAGGGUUUUGACAGUGAUACGCGGCCACAAAAUCUUGCCACUUCGCUGCUGACCUUCUAUGUGAUAUCGGACAAAACCAAGGUGCUAGGAGCCAAUGUAUAUGAGACUUUUUCGUCAACGUAGAAAA